UUGAAGGAGAAGAAAACAUCUUCCCCUUUCUGUCUUUCAGAAAAAAAAAAAUCUGAAAUUGAGUUGACGUAGCCGAUGGUGAUAUUAAUGUUGUUUUAGAGAGGGUCGUAUUCGGUGAUAAUUAACCUUGAAUCUAAUCCGAUUUUCGUGCUUAAUUAGAACUCAAAGUAUUUAUUUACAAGUAUCUUCUCAUUCUGCUUACCUAUCAGGAUUCAAUCAUGCCGUGGGAAUAUACCAGGGCAUAAAUUAAUCGUUCUUUGUAGAUGUAAACAAAGAAGAUAGAAGAAUGACGGAGAGAGAGAAAAGGGUGGGAUGAACGGCGAGGAGGGGUCGGCAGUCAAUCGUCGGAAGGGAUUUUGUGGGCUUGUUUGAACUUUGAAAAUAAGGAAACCCAUAUAAGAAGAAGAAAAUGAAAGGGUGUUGGAAGUUGACGGCGGUGGCAGUACUUUGCCUUUACUGGGUUCCGAUCUGGGGCUUCGCUGCGGAAAAACAACUCCGGUUUGGGAAAAAUGGGGAGUUCAAGAUACUGCAAGUGGCGGACAUGCAUUUCGCCGACGGCAAGACGACGCCUUGUGAGGAUGUGCUCCCCAGUCAGGUCGCCUCUUGUUCCGACCUCAACACCACCGCCUUUGUCCGCCGCAUGAUCCUCGCCGAGAAACCCCAUCUCAUUGUUUUCACCGGGGAUAACAUCUUUGGGUUUGACGCUACGGAUGCAGCCAAGUCUUUGAAUGCUGCAUUUGCGCCGGCAAUCUCAUCCAACAUCCCGUGGGCUGCUGUUCUGGGGAACCAUGAUCAGGAAUCUACCCUCUCAAGGGAAGGGGUGAUGAAACAUAUUGUUGGCCUGAAGAACACACUGGCUCGGGUCAAUCCUGUGGAAGCCCACAUUAUUGAUGGUUUUGGGAACUAUAACAUCGAGGUUGGCGGUGUUAAGGGCUCUGGUUUUGAAAACAAGUCGGUUCUCAAUCUGUACUUCCUUGACAGUGGAGAUUAUUCCACUGUUUCUUCCAUCCCUGGCUAUGGUUGGAUCAAACCCUCUCAACAACUUUGGUUUGAACGCACUUCUGCAAAGCUUCGGAGAGCAUACAGGGACAAGCCAGAGGCUCAGAAAGGGCCUGCACCCGGGCUUGCAUACUUUCACAUUCCGUUGCCGGAAUUUGCGAGUUUCGACUCAACCAACUUCACUGGUGUGAGACAGGAAGGCAUUAGCUCUGCUUCUGUGAACUCUGGCUUCUUCACAACCAUGGUGGCUGCAGGGGAUGUGAAGGCAGCUUUCACUGGCCAUGACCAUCUCAAUGACUUCUGUGGCAAGCUAAACAAUAUACAGCUCUGUUAUGCUGGGGGAUUUGGAUACCAUGCUUAUGGGAAGGCUGGAUGGGCAAGGAGAGCCAGAGUGGUGGUAGCAAACUUGGAGAAGACAGAGAAGGGUGGUUGGGGAGCUGUAAAAUCGAUCAAAACAUGGAAGCGGCUAGAUGAUAAGCAUCUCACGGCUAUCGAUGGUCAGGUCCUCUGGAGCAAGACCUCUACCGGACCCCGCAGAAAAAAACAAAUUGGUGGCACUUGAGUAGCAGGCGUAUGAAAAACAAUUACUAUAUACAAGUACAUUGAUAACAAGUUGGCUGUGAGGAAGAAAGUUUUGGAACUGGUUUGAUGGGAACAUUUUAAUGUAUUGUUACACUAUAAAUUUAUCUAGACAUUCUGUUUGGCAUACGUAUCUUGAGAAUAACUGAAACUAUAGGAGGUAACUUACAAGGCUACAUGAAAAACAUUUUCUGGAGGACGUUUUGUAAUAUGAUUAAGUAUUUGUAUGCCAUGUAAUUCUGUGUUCUAAUAUGGUAUUCAGGUCUGAAUGAAGUUUGGAUAUUUGUGUAUUAA